CUCUUUGCUCUGCAUGAUGGGCUUUUUCUUGCUCAGUACAGUCAUCUGUGGAAAUGCUGAAGUUCCCACUAAGCCCACUGUGACCCUGCAGCCAUCCUGGACUCAGAUAUACAGCGGUGAGACAGUCACUGUCAGAUGUGAGAUUGAGGGAGGUGAAGGAGCUCAGUGGACGUAUGAAUGGAGACCAGCCAAGUUAAACACACCUCCAACAUCCAGCGAAUACAGAACCAUCAGAGCUACUGAGUUUGACACUGGAGGAUACAGCUGCCGGGGCAGAAGAAGCUUUUCCUGGACAGAGUGGAGUGAUACCAUCACAUUCGCAGUAUUAUCUCGUCCGAAGCCCACUGUGUUCCUGCAACCAUCCUGGACUCAGAUAUACAGUGAUGUGAUAUACAGCGGUGAGACAGUCAGUGUCAGAUGUGAGAUUCAGGGAGGUGAAGGAGCUCAGUGGACGUAUGAAUGGAGACAAGGCCAGUUAAACACACCUCCAACAUCCAGUGAAUACAAAAUCAUCAGAGCUACUUGGUCUGGCAGUAGAGGAUACAGCUGCCGGGGCAGAAGAAGUUCUUCCUGGACUGAGUGGAGUGAUGUCAUUACAUUGACUGUCUUCUUUCCCAUUAAGCCCACUGUGACCCUGCAGCCAUCCUGGCCUCAGAUAUACAGCGGUGAGACAGUCACUGUCAGAUGUGAGAUUUAUGGAGGUGAAGGAGCUCAGUGGACAUAUGAAUGGAGACCAGCCAAGUUAAACACACCUCCAACAUCCAGAAAAUACAGAAUCAUCACAGUUGCUGAGUCUGACAGAGGAGGAUACAGCUGCCGGGGUAGAAGAAGCUUUUCCUCAACGAAGUGGAGUGAUAUCACCAAAUUAACUGUAUUAUAUGAACCCCGUCCUGUCCUCACUGUGUCUCCAUCAUGGCUGAGUCCUGGAGCCUCAGUAACUCUGAACUGUGAGGUUGAACAUCCGUCUGCAGGAUGGAGCUUCUACUGGUAUAAAGCUGUUCCUGAUCUAUCAGAGAAAUCCUCCAGUUAUGAGCUGCUACCUGAUGGCAGUGGGACUGCACAGGACUCCUACAUCAUUCAUGGACAGACACACACAGCAGGAUAUGUGUGCAGAGCUGGAAGAGGAGACCCAGAGUAUCACACUGAUCACAGUCAACCAAAGUUUGUCUGGUCUGCAGAUGUUCAUUCAGCAGCGUCUCUCACAGUGAGUCCUGACAGAGUGCAACACUUCACCUCUGACUCUGUCUCACUGACCUGUGAGGGAAACUUCACUGAGUGGAGAGUGAGGAAGUUCUCUGAGGACGGUCGACUGUACUCUGACUGUAGGAGAAUGACUGGAUCCACAUGUAACAUCCACACAUCAAAGUCAGAUACUGGAGUGUACUGGUGUGAGUCUGGAUCAGGAGAGUUCAGCAGUGCAGUCAACAUCACUGUACAGAAUGAUGGUAAUGGUCCUAUCCUGGUGAGUCCUGUUCAUCCUGUGACUGAGGGAGCUUCUGUUAGUCUGAGCUGCAGUUUGAGAACACAAAAAAUACUUUCCAAUGUGUUUUUCUAUCACAAUGACAAACUUAUUCAAAAUGAUCCCCGAGGGGAGCUGAAGAUCUCUGCAGUGUCAAAGUCUGAUGAAGGUUUCUACAAGUGUCAGUACUCAGGAAGAGAGUCAGCACAGAGCUGGAUGUCAGUUAAAGUAACUGGACCCAGUUCAUCUCCUGUGUGGUUGAUGGUUGGACUGGUUUGUGGAGUCUCUCUCAUUAUUAUUCUCCUGCUCUUGUUGUAUCGCUGCAGACAGUCCAAGUAUUCAUGCUUCACCAGGUCGAUCCAGUCUGAGAGUCACAGUCCGGGCUCCUCCACAAAUCAUGGAGUCAACCUGAAUGAAACUCAUGUGUACGACUCUGUUCAUCCUGGUACCAAUAACCUCUAUGAAUCUGUUAGCCAAGUGGAAGACAACAGAAAUGGAUCAGAUGAACAUCAAGAUGUCACAUACGCUCUUACUGAAUUUAAAAACUUUGGAAAGAAGCGGAAGCAUCAUAAACCAGCGCAGAGUGCUGUUUACUCUGAGGUGCAGACGGGAGCUGCAGAGGACAGUCUGAUGUAUGCUGAGGUCAAACGCCCCAAAAAAGAAAAAGCCAAGAAG